AUGUAUUGUACUACUUUUUAUUUGCUAUUCACAAUAUUUAUAAAAGAAAACAACUGCAAGCAUCAAGGAUUACGGAUAAUUGGAGGCAGAGACGCCAUCGAAGCUGAUUUUCCGUACAUCGCAAAAUAUGAAUAUCUAAUUCACAUACAUAAAGAACCCAAUAGAGUGGAAAAUGAGCACGUUUGUUCUGGGAGCGUCUUGACACCCACUUGGUCGCUAACUGCCGCCCACUGCCUGGACAUCAAAAGAAAAAGGGUUGGAAAACGCUUCACGGUGAUACCAAUCAUACGGUAUGGUACACUCGAAUCUAAUGCUAUAAGCAACGUACUCUUCUCAUUCACCCAUCCCGCGUAUAAACAUACUCGUAUAUUGAACAGUGUUGAAAACGAUAUAGGGUUAGUCCAAACUGAGAAUAUACCUCUAAAGCAGUAUGGACGAGUAAGUGCACUUGAUUUUAUUACUAUGGUUGGUCAACAAGCAACCGUGGCUGGUUUUGGACUAACUAACAGUUCCGAUGGGACUGUAGACAGCACGACGAAGUUGAAGAAGCCGUUACAGCUACUGGACGUGGUUGUAGUACAUUGUAAGGAUAAUGGUUUGAAGCCGGCUUUAUGUCUAGCCAGACGAUGUGGUAAGUCCUCAGGAGCUUGUCCAGGAGACUCUGGUGGACCGAUGCUCCAUGCAUCAGGUAUUGUUGGUGUCAACUCUAUUGGUCCGGACGACCUUGAAUUAUUCUGCGCAAUGAAUGAAACAGGUCCAAUUUACGACCCCGCAGGAGUAACACCCACAAGUCCUUUUAUUGACUGGAUUAGUAAUACCAUUAAUGGGCAUGAUAAACCUGGUGAGACAAAACAUCAGAUUCAAAGAAAAUAUUUAAAAUCUCAAAAAAUUUACUAG